AUGGGUGCUACUUCGUCAGCGGAGUCGAGCACCGAGCAAGCCGAACAAGGGAAGAAGAGGUCGAAGAAGAAAAAGGAUGCAGCAAAAUUAGCUGGAGCUGGAGAGCCUGAAGUUGAGAAUAAAGAGCAGCAGUUGGCCCAGGCAAGUCCAGACGCGCUCACGCAGCUACCAGACUGGCCAGAGGUUGACCCUGAGCCUUCCAAAGUUGAUGCGGCCAGUGGUCCCAAGCCAACGAAGCUUCGACCUCCAAGCAUCGAGAAUCUGGACACUUCGCCGACGCCCCCUGGCAUCCACUUCGCGGUUGGCGAUCCUACCCUUGAGGACGAGGCCUAUGACGAUUUCCCUGACUUGCCCCCAACGCCACGAGAAAGACAGGAAUCCUUUGGAGUUUUUGGCGUGCUGCCAGACGAGAAGACAAUAAGGCGGCAAAGUAGUGACGCGUACCGGGUCCUGGGACGAAGUCCGAUCAGACCUCCUGGCCAUAGCUCCAGCCAGGCGCUUCGAGUGAGACUUUUGCGAGUCCAUGCUCCUCAACGGAACACGGGCCUGCCGGGGGAUCUCGCGAAUUUUUAUGUCUUGCUGAGGCUCGGAGCCCAAACUGCUCGAAGCCCCUUUUUGGACAACACCCAGACGGGCAUUCAGGAUAACGACUUCACAUUUCAGCUUUUGGACAGCGUAUUGCAGUUUGAGAUCAUGAGGGUCAGCGCCCUCAGAGACGAGCUGCAUUGCAAGGUCCCUGUAGCUUUGGGAAGGCACAACCUCGUGGCUGGCGAGUGGCAGAGGCAGAAGCUGCCAAUCCCAGGAGCCGGUGAGAUUGAGUUCGAGUUGCUGCUUGGUCAUACGAUGGCUGAAGUUGCCGCGCAGCGUGGCGUAGAAGCAAAGGGGACACAGAAGCCUGAUGGGAGUGAAGAUUCAAUGCUCGAGUACCAGGUUGGGCCACGUAUGUUUCAGCCAAGGGCCAAUGCACUGCCCUGGGAGGGUGUUCGAGUCUUGGAGCUAACCCGCGGAACGUGGACAGCUGCUCUAUGUGGUCAGAUGAUGGCGGCAUCUGGUGCCGAGGUGAUUCGCGUGGCUUUCGGUGAAGAAGCACUUCUCGCGCGGAAGCAGGGCAGUGCUCCGAAGCGGCCUCUGCCAAGGGGUGCUAACAGCCUGGAGCAGGCGCAGGCAAAUCAAGUACCCAGGCAGCUGCAUGUGGGGAAGCGCCUUGCGCCCCUUCAUCCGGAUGAUCCGGAGGAGAUGGCUUUGCUUCGAUCAGAUCUCUUGAAUGGCUGCAACGUCUUUCUGACCGAUCUUCCAGCAGAUGAGCUGGAAAACAUGCAGCUCAGUGCGCAGACUCUACGAAGCAGUUGCCCUUGGUUGACAUACAUACAUACCUCUAGCAUUGGAAUGCUUGCAGAUGUCACGAACAAGGGCGUAAAUGAUGCAGGCGCCUUCUUCUGCUUGUCCGGCAUGGCUGAGCAGCUUGGGCAUUUUCUGGGUCCUGCUGGCUUUGCCGCCGCUGUGUCCGCCUCUGCUUUGUUUGGCGUCGCCUGCAUGGCCAUUAUGCGACGACGGUGUGGAAGUCCAGGUGAUCGGGUUGAAUUGAGCAUUUUCCGUGCUGGGCGAUGGUGUGCAGCUCUCGGUGCCCUGACGGGUUGGCACAAGCCCCAGCAGCCUGACGUGCGCUUCUUUGUUGAAAGCGAUGCUAAAAAGCAGCUUGCAACACCUUUCGACGUCGAAGGAGUGGCCCACAUCCGACCGACCAGCAAGCAGUCAGCAGGACCAGACAAAAACUACAGGUGGUCGGUCAAGGACCCAUCAGUGUUGAUGCCCGAAGUCAUGCCAAGCUCUCCAAUCUCCUCCGAGCUGCCAUUAGCUCGCGUGUCUGUCAUUGAGAUCAGCGAUGAGUACCAAAUCUCAGCCUCUGCAGUUGGUGCGCUUCUGGCUGAUCUGGGUGCCCGAGUGACAAAGUUGGAGCGGCCACAGAGGCCGGACCCGUGGAAGAGGACUUGUCCCCAGCUGUACCAAGACCUUACAGCAAGGAAGAAAAUCAGCUUGGUCAACUACUCUGGAGUGGGAGGUGUAGAUGCCAAAGGAGAGCCAGUACCAGGACAAGCGGCCUUGUACCGGACCCUGACCAAGACCACCAUCUUACUGACCAAUUUGCCACUAGCAGCGCUGGAAGCCUGGGGCCUAGCCCCAAAGAAGCUGCAAGAGAUGUUCCCGCAUCUGAUCAUCCUUUGGAUCACGACUUGGGGCUAUGAUGAGAUGGCGCGGCACAAGGAGCUUGCCUUUGGUCGCAAGGGUGGCCAAGAAGCCCAUGCCUUCUGGGAGGCGAGUGGGCUUUGCCAGUCCUUCAACGGCAACGCAAUCCCGCCAGGCCUUGGCGAAUUGGCAGUGGCCCAGCAUGCCCUGGGCGGCGUGGGCCUCGCCUUGCUCCGACAGCAGCGCACAGGUGGAGGGCAGCUGGUUCAUGUCAGCCGAUACCGUGCAGGGCUCUACUGCCAGAGCAUCUCCAGCAUUGAGCCAGUGAUGCCCCUUGCAAGUCCUUUGCUGCAAACCUUGGACGGCCGCUUUCUGCGCCUGCUGGGACGAGGACCUUCUCUAAAGUGCGUAGGGACUGACAGGUACCAGUCAGUCAAGGACUUGACUCAGAGCCUUCUUGCAGGACACCAGCCCCAUGAUGCGUGGGUGCUUCUUCAUGCAAUCGGCCGCAGGGAGAGUCUGGUGAAGCAAGCUGAAGGCAACUGGAUCUCUAUUCUUUUGAUAAUAUGGGUCCCAAAAGAUAGUUGGGGCUUCCUAUUCUAA